AUGUUGAGAGGGCGUGCCAUGCCUGUGGCACAGUUAGCACCUGUCGUCCACACCCAUCCUCAGCCCACUGUUGGCGCUGACCCCGCGACGAUCGCCGGCCGAGCAUCACAGAACAAUGCCUCCCGAAGCAAGGAUGUUGACGUUUAUUGUGCUGCCGUUGAUUUCACAGACGUCGCACAACUCCUCAUGCAGGAUCCCGUGAGUUCCGGGUUCCGUCCCAUUGCUCAUGACAGUGAUUCUAACACUUCCCUCUAUAGCAGACCAACGGAGGAGUCUCCGAUGGAUAUGAUAUUCGUGAGGACGCAUCUUCCAUGCCCACCAUCCGCUCUUCCCUUGUAUAUGCAUGCAUCCAAACGAUGCCAGUGGGACGACUGCGCGUCGAAACUUCGCUUCGUGCGGACCUUGCCUCGGCCAGCAACUGCCCCUGUUAGCACGCUAACGGACGUCGCGGACGCAAACUUGCUGCAACUGCAGCCCGGCCAGCGACGUGUGGGGCUGUACUAUAUGGUUAUUCGCUCUCCCGUACCAUUUGUCCGUAGUCGUGACUUGGAGAUGGCUGUGGCGGAGGAGGUGCAGCCUGAUGGCACAGUGUGGUUGAAGGGUCUGUCAACACCACCCGAUCGCGUGGAUCUUUGCAACGAACGGCGCGCGAAGUACAUACGGGCACGUUUGAUAUUUUUCGCCAUGCUGGCAAAGCCCACGAAAGUAACAGGAGGUUGUGAGGGGUGCCAAAUGAGCUGUGUCUCGCUUGUGCACCCAAUGGGGCAUCUACCGCGGCUGGUGCGGCGUCUUGUAUUGGCUGCACAAAUGCGCAUGGCAAAAAGGCUUCGUGACUUCAUAAUACGCCAUCCUCCCGCCUCUCUCACUGACUGCACGGCUCAACUACACAGCGAAGGGAAGGUCAGUAGUACCAGCACAGGCUCGGGCGGCAAAAGCGGGAUGGUGGGGAAAACUAAUGGAAAGGGAGAACCGUCACCCCAUAGCUACGUUACUGGUGUUGAUGCUUCUGAGUGUAGCAACCUUGGGGAAUGGGGUGAGGAUGAUAGUGAUGGUGGCGCCGCUCGUUUUGUUGUGGGGUCAAAGUCAUCGCAGAUGUGCAGGAUGUGUCGGGAAUGUUGUGGAAGGCUCAUUGCUCUGGGGCGGCGUGUGGCGGAGAGGUUGCCGCUGUUGUCAUCUAAUCUUUAG